AUGGGUGUCCUACAGAAGAAGGUGGGCUACCUUCUUCCACCAGCAGAUAUGAUGCCCAACUUUGCUUUGAAAUCUCAAGGAGCAAAGCUCGUAUCCUGGAUGCCAUCAGGCACACAUCCUGGCCAAAUCCAAAGAUGCAAUAGGUUUGGGUUUACAAUAGAACGGCCAUCUAUCCACCCGGACAUUGUCAUUGAGGGGAGGACUCGCCUACAACCAGGAGAGUGCUGGGCAUUUGAAGGUUCCCAGGGACAUCUCGUCAUCGCCCUGCCCUACAGAGUUGUAAUCGGUCACGUUACUUUGGGUCAUCCGCCAAAAAUGUUGUCCCCAACUGGUAACAUCGACAGUGCUCCCAAGGAGUUUUCUAUCUAUGGAAUGAGGGAGCCCAAACAGGAGUGGACUCACCUGGGGACUUUUCACUAUGAAGAGGAUGGAGAGCCGCUUCAGACUUUUGAGCUACCG